GAGAUGACUGGCGAGCAUGUGGAGCAGCUCCAUUCAAUGUGGUCCCUCAUGUUCGAGCCGAAGACAUGCGAGGACUUUCUGCACAAACUCAAGGCGCACGCGGAUAAUUUCUAUACGGAUCUGCUGACCGAGUCGCGGGAGAAGCAGGCGGCCAUCCUGGAUGACAUAGCCGCACUCCGAGCCGAGGCCAGCGACCUCACCCGACUCCUUCAUGAGACGGUGGACAUUGGUCAGAGGCCCGACGAUGUGCCACUGAUCAUAUGGCAGCUGAAGCUGGACAAAAGCAUUGAGCAUCUGCGCGAGGAGCUCUCGAAACGUCGGGCGGAGAUCGGGGAGCUGCUGCUCCAGCAGGAGCAGCUCUGCGAAGAGCUGGGCGCACUGCCGCUCCCUCUACUGGCGGACCCGCUGCCCCUGCCCGAUGAGAUGGACGGCUUUCGCGACCAUCUCGACAACCUGCGCUCUCAGCGCGCAGUGCGCCAGACGGAGCUGGACCAGCUGCGCAAGGCCAUCAAGCAUGACAUGAAGAUGCUCGAGCUGAUGCCCCAGACCGAUGCAGAGGAUCGCCUACUGAACGAUCUGAGCCACAAUCUAACACCAGAGACACUAGAGCGGCUGCGGCAGAUGCGCAACAGUUAUGCCGAGCAGAUCCAGGAGCUGCGCUCCAAAAUCCAUGACAUGCGCGAGAAGAUCUACGUGCUGUGGGAUCGCCUCCAGGAGACGGACGAGAGCGCCAUGCGACGAGUGCGCGAGUGCACCGAGAAUACGCAGCGCACCUAUGACAUCCUCCAUUCGGAGCUGCAGCGCUGCCAGGCACUGCGCAGCCAGAACCCCAAGACGUUCAUCGAGCAGCUGCGCGUCGAGAUAAGCAAGUGGUGGGAUCUAACGCUCAAGAGCCAGCAGAAGCGCAAGCGUUUCUUCAACUACUACAAUAAGUAUUACAACGAAGACCUGUUGGAGCUGCACGAGCUGGAGCUGGAUGAUCUGAAGAGCUUCUACACGUGCAACAAGGAGAUUUUCGAUCUGUACGAGAGCCGUGCAGAACUUUGGUCCCGCAUGCAGGCUCUAGAGGCAAAGGCCAACGAGCCGAAUCGUUUCAAAAAUCGUGGCGGCCAGCUCCUUAAAGAGGAAAAGGAACGCAAGGCCAUCUCGAAGCUGCCCAAGAUUGAGCAGCAGAUCACUGAACUGGUGCACGCCUAUGAGGUGCAAUCGCAUGGCCCGUUUCUGGUUUAUGGCGAGAACAUACUGGAGCUGAUGGCUGGCGAAUGGGAGAACUAUCGGCAGGCCAAGCAGAGCUCGGCCCGC